UAUCAUCUGUAGAACCGACUGGCUCAUUCUCAUUCCACCCUCAAAAUCUCUUCGACGUCGAUUAAAAUACCCCCUUUUUGUCUCAUUAUUUGUAGAUUUAAGGUUUUUAAACCUUAAAAACCCUAGAUUUUGAUUUCAUCGGUACCCAAUUAUAAUCUUAAAAAGUUACUAAAACCCCCAUUUCAGAUACUGGAUUCUCGUUCAGUUUAAGCUAUAAGAGAGACGGGGAGGGGCAAUGAAGUCUUUUAUAGAAAAGGCAUUGCCGUUUGCUGCUAUGGUGAUGGUAGAAUGUGGCGAAGUAGGGAUGAUUACGUUAGGAAAAGCCGCCAUGAAUAGUGGACUAAGCAAUCUUGUGUAUGUUGUUUACUAUAAUGCCCUUGGCACCGUCCUUCUUCUUCCUAAUUUCGUCAUCCACAAUUGCAGAAAUAAUCGACGCCCGCUCACUUUAUCCGUCCUGUGUAAACUCUUCGGCCUUGGCCUUUUGGGGAUCUGUCUUCUACAGGUAUGUGCAUAUGCCGGUAUCAACUACAGCUCUCCGACUCUAGCAGCUGCAUUGGGAAACUUAAUUCCAGCUUUUACGUUCCUUUUUGCCAUAAUCUUUAGGAUGGAGAAGUUCGAUAUAAAAAAACCAACAAGCCAAGCAAAAGCACUUGGCACCAUUGUGGCUAUAACGGGAGCAUCGGUGAUGACUUUUUAUCAGGGUCCCGCAUUAUUCAAGACGAUUCUUGAUGAUGAUUUACGCAAGGAUCUACUUUUUUCACAACAAUCGAAUUGGAUACUUGGGGGCUUACUCAUUACAAUCACUUGUGUUUGCUCUUCAUCAUGGAAUGUAUUUCAAACGGCAACUGUCAAGGAGUACCCAGAUGAAGUGACCGUAGUUUUCCUAUUUUGCUGUUUCGGGACAAUUCAAUGUGCGAUUUUUACUCUCAUUUUAGAGCGGAAUACUGAUGUUUGGAUGCUGGACACCGGCUCAGAGUUGGUAUCUAUUGUUUUUGCGGCAGUAUUUGGCUCUGCAGUCCGUAACACUGUUAUAACAUGGUGUCUGCGCAAAAAAGGUCCGAUUUACGUGUCCAUGUUCAAACCCAUCUCAAUGGUCAUUGCGGUCAUCAUGGGGAUAACGUUUCUUGACGACGUUCUUCGGUUAGGCAGUGUGAUUGGAGCAGUGAUAAUAGCUGUGGGAGUCUAUACGGUUUUAUGGGGACAAUCUACGGAACAGAAAUUGACGAGAGAUGAUGUUUCAAGACUCGAAGCACCAACCGAAAACACCCAUCUCCUCCAAAAAUGAACCAUCGGGUCAAUAUCUUCGGUCAACGUUCCACCUCGGUUGUUUCUUGAUAUGCUGCCUAUUAUUCAAGAAAACCAGCACCAGAAAGGCUUCAAGUUCCACACUGGAUCCUUUGCUCAUCUCCAGAAAGGCUUCGUGUACCCAAUUUGUGACUUUUGUAUUGAUUCAGUUUGAAAAGUAAAAAAGAUUGGUUUUUUGCUAUGUCGAGAUUUAGGGUCCGUUUGGUUUGAUCGGAUGGUUUUGAGGGAUUUGCAUUUUAUGGAAGGAUUUGAA